AUGAGCUAUUAUUCUUAUUUAAUCAUCAUUAUUAUUCUCAUUAUUAAUUUAACAUUUGUAUGGACAACAUCAUCCAUAAUAAAAACUAAAUCUUUAUUAUCAAAAAAUGGUACAUCGUUAAAUAUUCGUGAACAAACUCAUAAAUUUCGAGAUAAAAUUACAUCUGCUCGUGAUCAUUUUCAAACUUCACAUGACGAAUCAACUGAAGAAGAAGAUGACGAUGAGAAAUUCUCAACAAAAGAACAAAUAACAUCUGUAGUAGUAAUCACAUCCCUAUCAGGCAUUUAUGUUUGGUGGCCAAUAAUAUUUGGUGGUGAUGAUUCAUUUCAUUUAUUAUUAACCCAAGAAGAUGUACCACGUUUUCAUGAUGUAGCUGGUGAUGAUCAUGGUCAUAUCUAUUUAACAGCACCACAUGAACGUACUGUUUAUCGUUUACAAUAUUCGGAUGGUUGGUGGAUAUCAAAUUUUUCAAAUCAUUCAGUUAUGAAUUCAAUUCGUAGUGAAAUGCCAUUAUUUCUUAAUGUUCAUUAUGUAUCAUCAAUACUUUAUGUUUAUGGUCAUUCAGAUAUACAAAUAAUUGAUUUACUACAAAAACCACGUACACGUGGUUCAGCACCAUUUAUGAAACGUUUACGUGAACUUAGUCCUAGUUUACGUAUUAGUGAUAUGAUUAUCGAUCAAAUAACAUCUGAUGGUUAUAUUAUAGGUGAUUCAUAUGGUUGGUGUACAAUUAUACGUUGUUCAUUAAGUGUUAAUGAUUGUAUAUUUUUAUUUAAAAUUCCAUCAUCCUAUGAUAAUCGUCCAUAUCCAUGUAUAGCAACAAUUGAUUUUUCAACUAAAAUUAUGUAUGUAAGUUUAGAAGAAAAAAUUCUUACUAUUCAUCUUAAUGAACAAACAAAUUUUGAUCGACGUGAAAUUUUAGCAAAUAAAUAUGGACCACGUUCAACAUUAGGAUAUGAUGAUAUUGUUACAUAUAAAAAUGUUAUUCUAUAUACCGAUGUUCUCAGACCAAUUUUACAUAUAUGUAUGUUAAAAAAUUCUAAUCCAUGUUUAAAUAUGUCACUUAUAUUUCCUCCACCACAACGAUCAAUAUUACCACUUCGGUUAAGUAUUAUUCAAGUAUCAAAUCUUCGACCACCUAUAGUCGAUGAUGAAGAUGAUAUUGAACUUCAUAUAAAUCAAACAACUACUAUUCCAACACCAUUAGCUUUACUCAUUUCAAAUACAACAAGUGAAUAUCAACGUCUUAUAAAUGAUAAUUCAAAUAAAUCUUAUGUACAUAAAGAAAUAAAUGUGAAUAACAUUUGGAUGUUAAUACUUGGGAUUUGUAUUGGUCUUCUUCUUGCCGGUAUAUCAUUUAUGAUCUAUUAUGUAAUAUUUAAUAAAAAUCGACCAAAAUUGAAAAAAGAAUUUUCAACAAUAAAUUCAUCUUCAAUAAAAAGAAGUACAUCUGGACAAACACCACUUCUUAAAGAUAAUGAUAUUAAACCAGAAUAUAAACCAUUGAGUUCACAAUCUACAGAUAGCUCAAAUAUAUAUGUUACUGAAUCAAAUAUAGAAAGUUCAAGCGACUUAACAACGACUACAACUAGCUCAUUAAGUUAUCGUCCAAAUAUUAUUCUUUAG